GCCAGACGGCUCUGCGGGCGCUCGGGCUCCGCGCUCUGCGUCCCGCAGCGAGGCGGGCCCGCCCCCUUGAGCGCGCAGGCGCCGCCGCGCCCGCUCCCACCGCAGCUCCGCGCGGGGCGGCCACCGCGGGCCCUGCAGGCCUGUCAGGAUGGAAGGGCAUACUGAAAUGGAGGUGCUGAGGACACUGAAAGGGUCUUCAACAGGGGAGGUCAGCGUGCAUCUGGUGACCAGAGACAGCCCUGGUUCCGGUCCCCUCCUGCCGGCAACUGCCUUCAUCAUUCCAGCCAGCUCGGCCACCCUUGGCCUGCCCAGCAGUGCCUUGGAUGUGUCCUGCUUCCCAGGGGAGCCGAUCCAUGUAGGCGCCCUGGAGCGGGUGGUCGGCAAUGAACCAGUUACAGCCACCGUUCUGCCGCAGCUAAGCGCCGGGCCAGCGGCCAGUACUAGCACCAGCACAGUGCAGCUGCUAGAGUGGACAGAAGCUGUGGCUCCGCCCCCUGGGAGUGGCCUGCGGUUCCGGAUAAGCGAGUACGCGCCGCUAAACAUGGUGGGAGUGGAGCGACCACGGAGUCCAGAGCUGCGGCAGGAGGGCGUGGCUGAACAUGAAGAUGGCGGGGCCCCGGAGGGAGGUGGCGAUGCGGGCACCCAACAGCCCGGGGCCCUCCCCCAGGACCCUUCAGAGGAGCCCUCUCAGGACCCCCCAGAGGAUGAUAGCGCCUGUCGGUGCCAGGCGUGCGGUCCUCCGCAAGGCGCCGAUCCAGAUCUUGGUUCCUCCAAUGCCAGCUGCCCUCAGCUGUUCCAGGAGCGGUCAGUCAUAGUGGAGAAUUCCUCAGGCUGUGCCAGUGCUUCUGAACUCCUCAAACCCAUGAAGAAGAGAAAGCGCAGGGAAUACCAGAGCCCAUCAGAGGAGUCGGAGCCAGAGGCCAUGGAGAAGCAAGAAGGAAAGGAUCCAGAGGGACAGCCCACUACCAGUACUGCAGAGAGCGAGGAGUGGAGCAGCAGCCAACCUGCGUCAGGUGAGAAGAAGAAAGGCUGGUCGUGGGAGUCCUACCUGGAGGAGCAGAAGGCCGUCACCGCCCCAGUCAGCCUCUUCCAGGACUCCCAGGCCGUCACUCACAACAAGAAUGGUUUCAAACUGGGCAUGAAGCUAGAAGGCAUCGACCCACAGCACCCGUCCAUGUACUUCAUCCUCACCGUGGCCGAGGUGUGUGGCUACCGCCUACGUCUGCACUUUGAUGGGUAUUCCGAAUGCCAUGACUUCUGGGUCAAUGCCAACUCCCCUGACAUUCACCCCGCUGGCUGGUUUGAGAAGACUGGACACAAGCUGCAGCCUCCCAAAGGUUACAAGGAGGAGGAGUUCAACUGGAGCCAGUACCUGCGCAGCACCAGAGCCCAGGCGGCCCCCAAGCACCUGUUUGUGAGCCAGAGCCACAGUCCCCCACCCCUGGGCUUCCAGGUGGGCAUGAAGCUGGAGGCUGUUGACCGCAUGAACCCAUCUCUUGUCUGCGUGGCCAGUGUGACUGACGUGGUGGACAGCCGCUUCCUGGUGCACUUUGACAACUGGGAUGAUACUUACGACUACUGGUGUGAUCCCAGCAGUCCCUACAUCCACCCAGUGGGCUGGUGCCAGAAGCAAGGGAAGCCCCUCACCCCUCCACAAGACUACCCAGACCCUGAUAGUUUCUGCUGGGAGAAAUAUCUAGAAGAAACUGGGACCUCUGCUGUGCCCUCCUGGGCCUUCAAAGUGCGACCCCCUCACAGCUUCCUGGUCAACAUGAAGCUGGAGGCUGUGGACCGCAGGAACCCAGCCCUGAUCCGUGUGGCCAGUGUGGAGGAUGUGGAGGACCAUCGCAUAAAGCUCCACUUUGACGGCUGGAGUCAUGGCUAUGACUUCUGGAUCGACGCAGACCACCCAGACAUCCACCCGGCGGGCUGGUGCUCCAAGACGGGACAUCCCCUGGAGCCUCCUCUCCGACUCUGUGCUGAUUCUCUUCCUGCUCCUCCAGGGCCCAGAGAGCCCAGCUCUGCCUCCCCUGGGAGCUGCCCCCCUCUCAGCUAUAGGAGCCUGUCCCACUCUAAGACCUCCAAAUACAGCUUUCACCACCGGAAGUGUCCCACUCCUGGCUGUGACGGCUCUGGCCAUGUAACUGGCAAGUUCACAGCUCACCAUUGCCUCUCGGGCUGCCCACUGGCUGAGAGGAACCAGAGUCGGCUGAAAGCAGAGCUGUCUGACACGGAGGCCUCAGCACGUAAAAAGAACGUCUCAAGUUUGUCCCCAAGGAAGAAGCCUCGCCAUCACGGCCGGAUUGGACGCCCUCCAAAGUAUCGGAAGAUGCCACAGGAAGAUUUCCAGACGCUCUCACCUGACGUCGUCCACCAGUCCCUCUUCAUGUCGGCCUUGUCAGCCCACCCGGACCGCUCGCUCUCCGUGUGCUGGGAGCAGCACUGCAAGCUCCUGCCUGGAGUGGCGGGCAUCUCGGCCUCCACAGUCUCCAAGUGGACCAUUGAGGAGGUCUUUGGCUUCGUUCAGACUCUGACAGGUUGUGAGGACCAAGCACGCCUCUUCAAAGAUGAGAUGAUUGACGGCGAGGCCUUCCUUUUGCUGACACAGGCGGACAUUGUGAAGAUCAUGAGCGUCAAGCUGGGCCCAGCCUUGAAGAUCUAUAACGCCAUUCUCAUGUUCAAAAAUGCUGAUGACACCUUAAAGUGACUGAACUGGGGCUGGGUCCUCCUCCGGUCCUUGCUGGACCUCUUCUCAGCUGAUGCUUCCUUCCCGACUUGAGUUCCUCAUACCCCCACCUGCGCCCCCUCCCCUCCCUAUCUGACCAGGGCUGGUCCUUUCUAGAAGGUACAUGGAGCAGAGGAGUCCUAGGGAAGGUGGGGUCCUGGCCCCCCAGGUUCUGGGGUUCACUCGCCUCCAGAUGCCCUGGUGGGCUGUGACUAAGCUGGGGUCGCUACUGAUGGAGCGGGUUGGAGGUGCCCUGCCUGAGGCAGCCCCGCAUCUCCAGCCAACUUGCCUUGUCACCAAAGGGUCUUUUCUUAGCAGUGAAGAAGCGUGUGGUGGAGCAACAGUCCCCUAGGCUGAGGCCCUUUUUCCUCUUUGGUGUCUCUGUGCUUUUCUCUCGUUGGCUCCUUUCUUCCUACCACGAAGUGACCCUGUCACACACCUUUAUGCAUUAAGGUAGCGCCUCCCUUUCUGCCUGCUGGUUUUGUGGCCCUUAUUCUGCUGCCUGAUUUCCUGGGCAGAGCCCCAAGUGUAGCCCAGCCAGACCCCCAUGACUGUCCUCCCUGAGACAUGUAAACCUCAGACAUGUGUCAUGGGGCCCACCGGGAGCCUCUGGCUGCCCUUGGCCCUUUCACCCAGCAGUGGAGGAGACUCACAGCCACCACGCUUCUCUGAUACGCCCCGUCUGUAUUGCUUGGCAUUCAGUGGCUGUGCCAGGUUCUGAUUCCAGCAGAGGGAGCGGUUGGUUGAGCUGGGUUUGCAGCUGGCAGAGGUUGCAUCUCAUUGCUGCCUCCCGCACACCUUCUCUGUGUUGGGUGUGGGCAAGAGGAAGCCUCAUCUGGUAGGUGACCCAGGCCAGGAGACCAAACCGAGGAUGUGUCGGACAAUCUCAGGCCUGGCCAGAGGGCAGUUCCAGCAGAGCGAUGGCACCAGAAGCCGGAGAGCACCCUCUCUGCCACUGUGGCUCUCGGCCAAGGCCUGCCAGGCUCCUGCUGUGAGAGUGUCGCAUUCUGUCUAGCACCCCAUGAUGUCACAUUUGAUCUGUCCCUUAGGUGUUUACCACUUGCUCUUGAGGAGCCUUACAAAGACCACUUGUGCUUGGGGAUUCGGAAAGUGAACUCUGUCUGAAUCCUCCAGGUCCCUCAAGCCCUUCUUUCCACUCUCCAUCUGUCUUGCACUGCCACUUGGCUCCCUGUGGGCUCUGGGACAUUGACCUCUUCAUUCAAGUGGCAACCCAGCCUUCUCUAAGCCACUGCCAAACCUGCCUCCCAACCUGGGUGGGAAGGGCCAGGGCCCCACAUGGAGGUGAGGAGCCUACACCAGGCUCUCGUGGCCCUGGGUGCUGAGAUGGGUCUGCAGGCUGUGAAGCCAGGGGGUCCCCAGACCCCUUUGCAAUCAUUUGGUGUGUGUGUGUGUGUGUGUGUGUGUGUGUGUGUGUGUGUUGCACUCUGAGACGUGUUUGAUAGGGUGCAGAUGUGAAACUCAGUGUUGGGAUUAUAUCAAGGGCUAUUAUUAAAAUAUAAAGCUUUAUUUUUUUUCUUAGAAGUGGGAAACCCAAAGUCUAUUGAUUUCUACCAUAGCCCUGUGGGGCCGCUCUGCCCUGCAGGCCAGACACCCCCCACUGUCCUCUGUGGAGCUUCAGGAGGCCCUUCCCUUUCAGCCCUGAGGCGGCCCUGAGCAUAGCCUUUGUGGGAGGACACUGGGCAGGCCCUGCCACUUGUUGGGUGGCAUUGCUGCCCCCUUGACUGAGACGAAGGGGGCAAGUCUGCACCUCUCUAUCUGAGCUGCCCAGGUGGAAGCAACUCCUCAGCUGGCGCAUAGUCUGCUCCUGACUAUGGGAUGGGAAGGCAUCAAGUGCUCAUGGCUGGUGCUGCGGGGCCUUACCACUGAGGACAGGGACCGGGGAGUCUGCGGUGCAGGACUGCGAGCCACCUCACGCUUGCCUGUGGGCAAGGCCAUGGGAGAAAGUGUUCCCAGGCCUCCCAGCUUCAAGGCUUCAGCACUUUGUGCAUUAAUGUCAAACUCUGGGAAAAAACCAAAUCAUAAAGAAGUAGAAAGAAGUCUGCCUCUGUUCACCCCACUGCCCCACACCCCACCAUGUUCCCAAAGGAGAUCACUGCACCUUGACCUGGGAGUGCGGAGGGGAGGAAACGGGCAGUGGCCUCAGGUGCCCUGUGCCCUGCUCUCUAGCAACAGGCACCACUUACACUUUGGCCCUGGCGGGCUCACCCAGUGCCUGCCCUGCCCUAGCCCAAGACAGGAACGACCUUUCUGUUUAAUUUCUGAGGCAGAGAGAAUGGUCCCAGAGUUUGACAUUGAAGCCUGUUUGCACUUUCAUUCACAUGCACUUUGGUGGGGUUACAUUUUUGCACUUGCCUAUUGUGUGUGUGUGGACGCGUGUGCACGCACGCGUGCUAAGAGAAUCCUCUGGUUUAAGCUGAAGUGACUUGAAGGAGAAAAAUUUACAAAUAAAACAUGGUGUGAUUUGUCAGUGUAUUGAAACAAAUAA